AUGAAGGCUGAGGAGCUCGAGACCAUAGCCCCCGCUCUGUCGGGCGACUUCCGGUCCAUUGAGGGCCAUCUCACAAACUUGGACAAACAUUUGACCCUGCGAACAUAUCUCAACGGCACCCAGCUUGGAGACAUCGACUCCAAGAUCUGGACCUCGCUUGCUACCAACCGUGCUGCCAUCGCCUUCAUCAGGAGGGGUGUGCUUGGAAAUCUGACCCGGUGGUUCGUCUUUGUAGAGCAGAACCACCCGGAAAUUCAAGGCGAGGUUAAGAAGGCAGCAGCCGCACAAAAGGCCAAGGUAGCAGCGGCAAGUCGAGCUGGUGGCAACUUCAAUCUUGCGCUCCAGGAUGCAGACAAGGGAGUUGUUACUAGGUUUCUGCCAGAGCCAUCAGGCUACCUCCACAUUGGUCACGCCAAGGCAGCGUUGCUCAGCGACUACUUUGCGCACCAAGCCUACAAUGGCACUCUGAGACUUCGUCUGGAUGAUACCAACCCUUCCAAGGAGAAGGAGGAGUACCAGGAUGCUAUUAUUGAGGACCUUGCUCUUAUGGGUAUCAAGGCUGACAAGUUUUCCUACACGUCCGACUACUUUCAGUACCUGUAUGAGAUGUGCAUAAGACUCAUCAAGGAGGGGAAUGCCUAUGCGGACGAUACCGACCAGGAGACCAUGAAGAAGCAGAGGUGGGAUGGAAUUGCCUCAAAGCACAGAGACAUGCCCAUCGACGAGACCCUUCGUGUUUUUGAGGAGAUGAAGAAGGGUUCGGAUGAGGGCAAGCGUUACUGCAUUCGUGCCAAGCUAUCCGUCGACAACCCCAACAAGGCCCUGCGCGACCCAGUUAUCUACCGCUGCAACGACGAGCCGCACCACCGCACAGGCACAACUUGGAAGAUGUACCCCAUGUAUGAUUUUGCCUGCCCCGUAGUCGACAGCUACGAGGGCGUAACUCACGCCUUGAGGUCCACUGAGUAUACCGACCGCAACCCCCAAUACCAGUGGUUCCUCGACACGCUGAAGCUGCGCCAGGUUCACAUGUGGGACUUUGCCCGCAUGAACUUCAUCAGGACCUUCUUGUCGAAGCGCAAGCUUGCCAAGCUCGUUGAUACUGGUCGCGUCUGGGGAUGGGACGACCCCCGCAUGCCUACCAUCCGUGGUGUGCGUCGUCGUGGUAUGACUGUGGCCGCUCUACGGGACUUCAUCAUCAAGCAGGGCCCAAGCCGAAACGUUACCAGUAUGGACUGGACUGUGUUCUGGGCCGCCAACAAAAAGGAGAUCGACCCCAUAGCAGCACGUCACACUGCUCUGAGCCAGAAGAGCCCUGUAAAGGUGAAGAUUACUGGUAAAGAUGCUCCGGCGUCUCCUCACUCUGUUGAGAAGCCCAAACAUCCUAAGAACAAGGAUGUUGGUGUCAAGCAGGUCGCCUUCUCCGACGAGAUCCUCCUUGAGCAGGAGGAUGUUGCGCUCAUGAAGCCGGGCGAGGAAAUCACACUGAUGGCAUGGGGAAAUGCUAUUGUGAAGGAUAUCAGCGCUGGCACACCGAUACCUACCAUGACCGUGGAGCUCAAUCUUGCAGGUGACGUGAAGACGACGGAGAAGAAGGUUACUUGGCUGUCAAACCAGGGCCAAAAACUCAUUCCUGCAGAGCUCUGGGACUUUGACUAUCUCAUUACCAAAGACAAGCUCGAGGAGGACGACGACCUCGAAAAGUUCCUGACACCUGUGACUGAGUUUAUGGAGCCGGCCUGGUGUGGAGCCGAUGCUGAGUCUUUGAAGAAGGACGAUGUCGUCCAACUGGAGCGUAGAGGGUACUACAGGGUUGACAAAGGUCUGGGUGACUGGAAGGAUGGAGAGGAGGGUGAGAAGGGUAAACGAAUUGUUUUCUUCAACAUUCCCACUGGAAAGACCAAAUAG